CCUCUUUUCUUUCAUGAUGAAACUCUAUUAUGUCAGGAGAGACAAUAUUCAGAAGUGCAGUUUGAGUGCAAUAACUUAUUACCUUUCGAGCGCCUUAUCAAGAGUGGCCUGUGUUUCUACUAGUAGUGAUGUCAGUUUUGUAACAAAGGCCGGUUUUAAAUGUUUAACUACACCUCUAGUUUACUGCAAGUUUGCUUCCAAAUAUACCUUUAGAAAUCCUAUUUUUAGUUAUAUAAGAAUGUACAGCAGCGAGCUCGUUCUAGGAAUCCCAAAAACUAGAAUGGAAAGACAGUAUUACGAAGUUCAUCGCCAGUUCCAACCUCGGAAUUCCUUUCUAAUUCUAUUUCAAUGUGGAGAUUUUUAUGAAAUUUACAACGAAGAUGCCGUUGACGUUAACAAAAGUUGUGGUUUGAAACUCGUUCACAAAAAACAUAGUUUUUUUAAAAAAAUGUGUGGGUUCCCUGUUAGAAAUCUGGAAAACUGGGUAGAAACGAUUUUAAAAAAUACAGACAAGAAGGUUAUAAUUUGUGAACAGAAGGAGGUUCCGUCUAGAAAUAACGUUAAGGAGAUCGAACGAAUAAUUACCAGAAUUAUAACCCCCGGAACGAUGGGUGAGUACGCUUUGGACGGAGACAGGAAUUAUUUAAUGGCCAUUCAUGAAAGCGAGUCGCCCGAUCACGUGUCAUUGGCCUAUGUAGACGUCUGCUCAGGAGAAAUAGUUGUGCACACUGGAACCUUCCAGAGUUUUGAGGAGAUCGUUUCCUAUACAGAGCCCAGCGAGUUACUGGCUCCGUCCGACAUCCAACUGAUUAUUAAAAGGCUUGCCACAUCUUAUCUUAAAGAGUGUUAUUACAGCGACUGCGAUCUUCAUGCCUUGGACUCGCCAAACCCGGCAAAGUCCGAGCAACGUGCAAAGUGGGAGGCCUUGCUCGACACCGUUCCUGACUUUUCUGCCAGCGAACGCAAAGUUUGCCGCAUGCUGUUUUCCUAUCUCGAAUUCACGUUUAUAAAGAACCUUCCCGAGAUCCACAAGAUCUCGCGAUUUGAGGCGUCCGUCUACCUCCAGAUUGACGCUGAGACCCGGCGCGCACUGGAACUCUUAAAGGGUAUCGCGUCCAGUAGCACCAAGGUGUCGCUCUAUAAACUACUGGAUCGCUGCCGAACGAAGGCUGGAAGGCGCGAGCUGAAGACUCGCGUGGGUCUCCCGUAUGCUCAGAUGGACGUUAUCACUAAAAAGCAAGCCUGUGUGGGCGCGCUUUAUAGCGCCUACGCCAGUAAUGCUCUCGGUAAAAGCUACAUAAGCUCUUUUUUGAGGGAGUGCGCAGACGUUGAGCGCGUGCUCUACAAGAUAUCGCAGGGCAAGUUUGGCGUCAGUGAAAUGCUUCAGCUUUUGAGCACCUGCGAGAGUGCCGCGGAGUUCUACCAAAGUUUUUCUACCAAACUGUCUGCUAAUGAGAAGAAUACAGAGAUUCUACUGGAGGACAUUCGUGCUUUAAAUUCUCCUUUUUAUAAAAGCCUUGGCGGUUUGUUUAAUGACGAUGGCGAACUAACUGGAGACAAGCGCCUCCGACAGCUCAGAAGUAAAAUGGAUGCCGUUCAGGAGGGACUCUUUUCACUAGAAAAGCAUAUAAGAGAGCUAAGUCCUCUCGUGGACCAUCUAACGCUUCGCGAGCAUCCAGACUUCAUCUACUGUCUGGAGGCUUCCUCUAAGCGCGAAACGGCCGUCCGUCAGUUUAUAGAGAUCUGCCUACAGGAUGCAGGGCUCGACACAGCCUUUACUCCAUCGCUAAAGCAGAGCACUCGCUCCGUGGUGCGCUACAGCUGCCCAGCGUUGGAAAGGCUAAUCCAACAAAAAGUUGAAAUUGAAAAGGAGUUUUCCUCUUACGAAACAGUGCUGCUUUCCAGCGCGAUCAACUCUUUUCAGUCUUUGGAAAAAUAUUUUAUCAAAUUGGGUAAAGCGCUGGCGCGAUUGGACUAUUACGACUCACUGGCCAGAGUAGCUUUUGAGGAGGGCUUCUCCCGGCCAACGCUGCUGCCGUCUGAUCACGUGCACUUUGAUGUUAUAGGCGGCUUCCAUCCAGUAGUGAGGAAACUGCGCCAAAGAAAUGCUCAUAUCUAUGAUAAUUUUUCCCUUCACUUUGUUGAGAAUGACUGCUCGUUAGGAGGCGACAAACAGAGUCUUUGGAUGAUCACUGGCCCCAACAUGGGCGGAAAAAGCACUUUCAUGAGGCAGAACGCUCUCAUUCUCGUCUUGGCUCAGAUGGGAAGCUUUGUGCCUGCAAGAAAGGCAAAACUCGGAAUAGCAGUUUCGCUAUUCGCCAGGGUCGGAGCGCAUGAUGACAUCACUCAAAACAUGUCCACGUUUAUGAUUGAAAUGUCCGAAACGGCUCGAAUACUCAAGCAAGCGACCUCUUCUUCUCUUGUGAUUCUGGACGAAGUGGGGCGUGGAACCGGCACACGAGACGGUACAGCCAUUGCAAUAGCGGUGCUACGUCGGCUGCAUGACAUUGGUUGUCGCACUCUGGCUGCUACCCACUACGAAGGAUUAGACGCCCACUUAUCCGACUGCGAGAGGCUCCAGUAUUACCAGAGUCAAGCGCUAGUGCAACCAGACGGGGAAGUAGUCUUCACCUACAAGAUGGUCCCUGGUUUAUCGAAUAAGUCCUACGGGAUAGAGGCUGCUAGUCAGGCCGGGUUACCCGAGUCUGUCAUAAGGGAGGCCAAGCGAAUCGCAAAAAGUAUAGAGCAGGGACGUGAUGGGCAAGAAACGACAAGCGUGGAGCAAUGCCAAUAGCUGAAAAGCUAUUUACCUUUUUAACUUCAAUAAAAUAUUAUAAAAUCAUGGGUUGCUUUUCUCGCCGGUGCGGCUCGC